GACGACAUCCCUUUACAGACAUUAAGACAAAUCGCAACACGUUCGCCACGAUGCCCUCGAAUUUCCAGAUGCGCAGCACGGUGGAGCGGCUCGACAAGCCGUCCACCUACGCCAUGAGCAAAUACAAGAAGCGCAAGCGCAACCCGGACGAAGGCCCCGCCGAAGGUCGCGCCCCCUCUCCCGAUCUCGAAGAGAAACUCUCCAAUGCCACGACCCUCUACGUCGGAAACCUCUCAUUCUACACAACCGAAGAGCAAAUACACUCUCUCUUCAGCACGUGUGGCGAGAUCAAACGUCUGGUGAUGGGUCUGGACCGCUUCGCUAAGACGCCUUGCGGUUUCUGCUUCGUCGAGUAUUACACACACCAGGACGCGCUGGACUGUUUGAAAUAUGUCGGAGGGACGAAACUGGACGAGAGAAUCAUUCGAACGGAUUUGGAUGAGGGAUUCAGCGAGGGGAGACAGUAUGGACGUGGUAGGAGUGGUGGGCAAGUAAGAGAUGAGUAUCGGGAGGAGUAUGAUCCUGGGCGAGGAGGAUAUGGAAAGCAAUUUGCGGCGGAUCGCGAUUAUGGUGAUGAGUAUGGGCAGGGAAGAUAGACGCGAUGCGGCUGUGGUGUUAACACUGGAAGCUAUUGCGCCUCGCGGCGCGCGGCUAUGAAUGCGCCGAGAGCUUCUGCGUUCUGCCCUGAGACCAUCAUCGGACAGCUCGAACUUGAGAAGGCUCUACAAGUGCGAUCCUGGAUGCUGCAGAAAAACAGUGGUUGGACCGGCAACCAACGCGAAGACGAGAAUGAGCAUGGCGUUUGGGCGCAAUCGAAGGAAAUCGAGAUACCCUAUCAACCACAAACAGGUCAACGAAAGAACUAUUGGAAACGAGGUCCAACGUCAAUCAGGUAUUUGCGGCAGUAAGGCAAUUCGCCCCUACAGAACGCUAGUCUACGCGCGACGAAUCCCGGUUCUGGUCCGGGCGAAAGGUCUAGCAUGCCUUUUCCCCGAGGUUCCGUAUGCAUGCCAGCUGUUAUCCGAGGCAACGAAUGUGAGGCCGCGAAGAUAGGAAUCGUACCAUCAAAAGCAUGUGAUCCAGACCAGAGAUCAUCAC